GAAAUACCCGCGGCGUGCAAGGUUCUAACAGAUAGCGCGGGCCGAUCGCGCUCACUCUCGUUUCAUCCCGGCCCCGUGGGGCUCUUAUAAGCCACGGCGGCUGAGUAGAACCCGUGUCUGACUUUCUUUUGCUGAAACAGCAGAGGGUGCCACCAGUGAUAGCUCAAUUCCAGACAACGCCAUGUCUUCGAGAAUUGUCCUGCUCUGCUUGCUCAUCUUGUCGGUGGUUGUCCUCAUCAACGCACAACACAGGCCUGACACGAUUAGAGUACCACCACCACGCAUCGACCUGCCCAAGGUUCCACAACCACCAAGGACUCGGAUCGAUGUGCAAGGAGGCGGCUCCGGGUCCCAGCAUAGCGUGAGCGGCAGCAUCCACCACGAUAUUUACCGACCCAACCGUGGACCCACCAUCUCCAUCUGGGGAGAGGGUUCCCACCAGAGGCAACCAGCCACUGGCAGCCACGGCCAGGGUCAAGUGGGAGUCGGCGUCAAGAUCCCCUUAGGAGGACGCCACCGCGGAUAAACGUCUGCGUAUUGUCACUUGCGUGCCAUUCAUCCUCGAAAUACACAUGUCUUCAUCAACCUAAA